UGUCCGAUAUUAAUCACAGAGUUAACUUAAAAUUCGAUUGCUAAUGAUCUUUGAACCGUGAUCUAGCAUAAAAAUGAAAUAAUGGCGCUGUAGUCGUGUCGCGACGCCGGGUUUUAGUUGGCCGAAGUAAAUUAAGUGCUAAGAUUAUCAUACAAUAAGCUCAAGUUACUCAACAAUUUGAUUCUGAUCCAAGGACUUUUGAUACGAUAGAUAAUGCAUUGAUAGUAAUAAUAGUGUAUAAAUUAUGGCAAAGCGGUAGUCACCUUUGAAAUCGAAAAUGUUACGCCUAACAAGUGCUGGUCGACGAACGUUUGUGACGUCUGCGGUGUCGAUGACGACGUCGAAAUGUUCCAGGCUACAAGGGAAAGUCGCAAUCGUUACCGCUUCAACAGACGGAAUUGGCUUCUCUAUUGCAAAACGUCUCGCGCAAGAAGGUGCGAAGGUGAUGAUAAGCAGUAGAAAGGAAAAGAAUGUUAACAAUGCCGUGAAAGUGCUUACUGAUGAAGGGUUAACUGUUUCGGGACUCGUUUGUCAUGUUGGAAAGGCAGAAGAUAGGUCGCGACUCUUUACAGAGACAAAGUUGCAAUUCGGAGGACUUGAUAUCCUAGUUUCAAAUGCAGCUGCAAAUCCCGGUGUGGGUCCGGUUUUAGAUAGCGAAGAAUCUAUCUGGGAUAAAACCUUUGAUAUAAACGUAAAGAGCACGUAUUUGUUGAUGAAAGAAGCUUUGCCACUUUUGCGUGAACGAAAAUCCCCGUCUAUUAUACUGAUGACUUCAAUAUCUGGGUAUCAGCCAUUCAAUACAUUGGGAAUUUAUUCAAUAACAAAAACCGCUUUAUUGGCCCUUUGCAAAACGGUUGCCGAGGAUUUAGCCCCAGAAUCCAUAAGGGUUAACUGCAUUGCUCCCGGAAUAAUAAAGACUCGAUUCUCCGAACCACUCUAUAAAUCCGAAGCAGCUAACGAAAUAGCUUUGGCCAAAAUCCCGUUGAAUAGGCUUGGAGAACCUGAUGAGAUAGCUGGAGUGGCUGCAUUUUUGGCCAGUGACGAUGCCUCUUACAUUACAGGUGAGACUAUUGUUGCAGGAGGUGGCAUGGCAUCUAGGCUUUGAAACUUGAAGAAUAAAAAGAUAUGCCGUAACAUA